CCUCUUUGAAAUUCAAAGAUUUUGAUGAACAAAUAUCAUGAUUAUUUAUUACUUCAUUUGAAUCAUGAACUUGAUAACGCUACAUUUGGGAAAUGCUUAAUGCUUCUUCUUUUUCCCCCUUGUUUUAAACAGAGAAUUUCUUUGAAAAUCUGGGCCAGGCUUGAUGAACUGUAAGGAAAAUCCAGUCCAAAUCAAGAACCCAUCAUCUUAGCCCAUGAUGAACUCAACCAAUUCCCAUCAUGGGCCUCAUUGCAGUCCACACGGAAGAUUCAAAAAGAGGAAAGUUCUAAAAAAGUUUCCCACCAUAGCAGGGCAUUGUGAAGGUCGAUCGACUCUUACUGGUAAAAGGAAAAAGGUGCGUUAGGAAAGAAACGUAAAACAUUUCUGAUUUUUGAACUUUCUUUGCUUUGAUGAGCCGCUGGAACUUCAACCCAGCUUGUUGAGCAUCCUAGGCCCUGUGAAUGGAUUCAAGACAACCUUCAACUCUUUAAGUGCUGCAUAUUGUGAACACAAGGCCAAGUACGACGACGAGCUUCACGGUUCAAUGUCGAUAUCCCGAAGGAUUCUACUUAGGGGUGCUGAUUCAAAGAUUGUCUCAGAAAACUUGCCCUCCCCAUCUUUUAAGUUCCAGAAAAUCAAGUUCAUAGGAUUUUGUAAAGAGUGGAUCAAAGACCCUUUGAACAUUGCCCUUCUUUUCUGGACGAUCGGCGUCACGGUUUCGGGAUCGGUCGUCUUUCUUGUAAUGACUGGAAUGUUGAACAAUCUCCUGCCAACUAAAUCACAAAGAGAGAUUUGGUUUGAAGUUAAUAACCAAAUCUUGACUGCUCUCUUCACUCUGAUGUGUUUGUAUCAUCAUCCUAAGAGGAUUCAUCAUAUGAUACUUUUAUGUAGAUGGAAACCAGGUGAUGUCCUUAUUCUUAGAGAAAUAUAUUGCAAAAAUGGAACUUAUAAGCCACAUGAGAGGAAACACAUGACGGUAUUGCUUGUGUUGCUUCAUAUGAACUGCUUUGCCCAAUAUGCUUUAUCUGUCCUUAAUUUGAGCCAUAAGAAGCCUCAAAGAUCAGUUUUCGGAGUUUCGAUCUGCCUUACUGUUGCACUCUUGACUGCUGCUGCUGCUAGUUUAUACGCCAUUUUCAGUCCACUUGGGAAGGAGUACGACCACGGCGACGAUGAGGAAAGUCCAAACCGGAUCAAGGAUGGCGAUUUGUUUGUGUCAAGAAUUGUUGACAAGCCUCAAUGGAGAGGUGGACUGUUCCAUUUCCUUGAUGACGUUAGAACAGCUUGCCUUUCCCUCUUCUGCAGCUUCUGCUUAUUUGGAUGGAACAUGGAACGGUUAGGAUUCGGGAACAUGUACGUUCAUGCUGCGACGUUCGUAAUCUUUUGCACUGCCCCGCUUUGUUUGUUUGGUUUGGCAGCUAAUAUUGUGGAACCUUUGUAUGCUAAAGUAGCUCUCAGUUUAAUUGGCAUUCUUGUUUCUGUGUUUGGGCUGUUCUAUGGUGGAUACUGGAGGAUUCAAAUGAGGAAACGGUUCGAUAUAACGAAGAACGAGUCGUGUUGGGGGAAACCAAAUGCUGGAGACUGUGCACAAUGGUUGUUCUGCUGCUGCUGCUCUCUUGCUCAGGAGGUUAGGACAGCUGAUUACUAUGAAUUAAUGGAAGACAACCUCGGAAAAAACCGAACGAACGGCAGAGACAAGAUCGAAAUCCUGUCGCCAUUACCUCGUGAAGGUGGAACAGUUCAUGAGGAUAGAUCAAACCUGGAUUCAAACAGGUUUUUAGAUGAAACUGAUGGAGUAAACCAGCUUUUGAAGCCCCCUACUCCAUCAUCAAUGCAAAGAGAUGAUUUUGCGCUGAAAAUGACCAAAAAUCUUGCAGGAGAACGGUCAUUGAGUCUCUGAGGAAUUUUAUUAUAAAUUCUGUGAUGUUUUCUUGUACUUUAGCCAUGUUUGAAUUGAACUAAUACAUAGUCUUGUGUGUAUUAUCAUGUGAAUUCAUAGAUAUAUAUGUUCAUUUUCGCUUGUUUAUA